GCCAAGCUGGAUUUCCUGCAGAUGAAGCAGCUGAAGAGGAAGAGGAAGAGUAACUACAGCGUUAGAGAGACACAGACACUCAUAAGGGAGAUCCACAAGAGGCGGGACGUGUUAUUCUCCAGACAGCAGAACACAGCCAUUAAUGAGCUGAAGCGACAGGCAUGGGAAGAAGUGGCAGGAGGUGUCAAUGCACUGGGGGAGGGGGAGCUACGCACUGCUGCUGAGGUGAAGCGUCGUUAUUUGGACUGGCGUGCGCUGAUGAAGAGAAAACAGCUACAGGCUGAGCUCUCCCUCUCCUCCUCCUCGUCCUCCUCUUUGGUCCUGAAGGGAGAGUAUGACCCCUCGUCUCCUGAACACGAGGCCGCUGCCCUGGGAUCGGGGUGUGACCAGUUGCUUGACCUCUCAGGCUUCCCCAAGGACUGCCACUGCGACUGGCCGGAGCUGGCGGCUCUCGGGGAGCCAAGUGGACAGGCCAUGAUGGCACCGUCGGGUGUGAAGAUGGAGGAGGACGUUGGUGCAUACAGAUUUGAUGGCAAUGGUGAUGUAGAAGACGGAGAGGGUGAAAUUGAUGAUGAUGAUUUCCCUGCCAUCCUCAGUGACAUAGAGUCACGUGGUGAGGGGCGCGUCCCGGAGGUCUACUCCCACACUGAGUCCGGCAUGCUUGCCUCCUCUAAAGCUCCAACCUCCACCACCAACCGGGACUUUCCUCUGGUUGGUGGGCUCAUGGGGACAGGCGUGCAAGCCCACGGGCUGGCCAGUCAUGAGAACUCAAGGGCGGGGCUUCUUGUCGCCAUUGAGAGACAGCGAUUGGAGGUGGAAAAACAACGCCUGGCUGUUGAGACUGAGCGUCUGGCGGUGGAGAAAGAGCGGCUGAUGGUGGAGAAGGAGCGACUGCGGCAGACCGAGGUGGAGCGGGAACGGCUGCAGCUGGAGAGAGAGAGGCUGCAGGUAGAGAGGGAGAGGCUGAGGGUGCCGCUCCUGAGCCAACCAGAGCUCGUUGACUCCUCCUAUACCCUGCCACCCCAGCAAGGCCCACACUCUUCCUCCACAUCCUCUGCAUUCUCUGCCCAUGAUGGACAGAAGGAGAGAGAGAAGGAAAGUAAAAGAUGGAUGCCAGCAGUGGAUCUGGAGACAGAGAGGCUAAAACUGGAGAAGGAGAGACUGCAGUUGGAGAAAGAGAGACUACAGUUCUUCAAGUUUGAGUCUGGCAGGCUGCACAUAGAAAGAGAACGCCUCCAAGUGGAGAAAGAGAGACUGCAGCUGCACAAAGAUCAUCAGGGGCCCUGAGAGGACGAGAGGGGAGAGGAAGAGAACCUGAAAGCAGCACCACACAGAAAAUACUAAUGCAGCAUUCAAGGAAUGAACAAGUAUGAGCUCUCAUGAUUGAGAACACUUAUAUGUGCACCAGCAGCUGCUGCUGGCUCAAGUUUUCCUCACAGAUUUUUUUAAUCAGAGGUGUGAGGCAGAGAAAUGAGCAUUCCUGACUGGACUUUAGCCAAGGACGAGACUGAGAUGGGGCGCUGUCUUACUUAUGUGCAUGAAACAGCAGUGCCUUGAGACACUUUCGUACAGCUAAACAGGUGCCAGCA